AUGUCGUCGGAUUCCAAGGCACUGGAGCCACAGGAAGGUGACGAGGAGAUUGAUUGGGAGUUCUGGGGGAUGCUUGUGCAGGAUUACACCGCGGUGGCGAGCAAGUUACCACAUCUGCUGGCAGCUCGUGUGCGUCAAGGGCUGCCCUCAAAGCUCCGUGGACUGAUCUGGCAGUCCAUGUCCCAAGCCUCAUCGACGUACCUCGAGACCAUGUAUACCCAGCUCCUCAAGGAGUAUUCGCCCUAUGAGCGCAUCAUUCAGCGGGAUCUUGCCAGGACAUUCCCUCAGAUCGAUAUGUUCAAGGAGAAAGGAGACAAAGGACAGGAGAGUCUUCGCAAUGUUCUCAAGGCUUACUCACUUUAUGAUCCUCAUGUUGGAUACUGCCAAGGCCUCGGAUUCUUGGUUGGACCACUCCUCAUGAAUAUGGGCGAGAAGGAGGCGUUUUGUGUGUUUGUCCGAUUGAUGGAGACGUACGACAUGCGGACCAUGUUUACAAUGAAUAUGGAAGGACUUCAGCUCCGACUCUAUCAGUUCUCGGCAUUGCUCUCAGAGCAACUCCCAAUGCUCCACGCCCAUCUCUCGCUCCAUUCGAUCCAUGCUGCCAUGUAUGCCUCACAAUGGUUCCUGUCGCUUUUUGCGUACACGUAUCCUCUGCCGUUGGUCCUUCGAAUCUAUGAUGUCGUCUUCACGGAGGGAGCACCCGAGACGAUCAUGCGUGUCGCCGUCGCAUUUCUGAAAAAGAAUGAGGAAAAGUUGAUGCAACUUCAGGAGUUUGAGGAACUUCUGGAGAUGCUUUCGUCCAAGCUGUACGAUGUAUAU